AUGCAGGCAAUGCAGGAAAUGCAGGCAACGCAGGAAACGCAGGCAACGCAGGAAACGCGGGAAAUGCAGGCAACGCAGGUAACCCAGGAAACGCAGGAAAUGCAGGUAAUGCAGGAAAUGCAGGAAAUGCAGGCAACGCAGGUAAUCCAGGCAAUGCAGGUAAUGCAGGAAAUGCAGGCAACGCAGGAAAUGCAGGCAACGCAGGUAACCCAGGAAACGCAGGAAAUGCAGGUAAUGCAGGAAAUGCAGGCAACGCAGGUAAUCCAGGCAACGCAGGAAAUGCAGGAAACGCAGGCAACGCAGGUAAUCCAGGCAACGCAGGUAAUGCAGGCAACGCAGGAAAUGCAGGCAAUGCAGGAAAUGCCGGCAAUGCAGGCAACGCAGGUAAUCCAGGAAACGCAGGUAAUGCAGGAAAUGCAGGUAACGCAGGAAAUGCAGGCAACGCAGGAAAUGCAGGCAACGCAGGGGACGCAGGCAACGCAGGGGACGCAGGCAACGCUGGAAAUGCAGGCAACCAACCACAAAAUCAAGGUAAUCAAGAAAAGAGUGCAAGUACCUUAUUUCGUUAGUUGGGUCAAAGCAGCAUAUGUGUAA